AUGCCUCUCCAGUACUCUUUCAGAAUACAAACACAAUCUCUAGUGUUCAUCACAUUGGUGCUGCAUAUGAUCAUUAUUAUUAGUACCCUCCCUAAUGCCACUGCCAGAACCGGCAAAAAUGAGACGGAUCAUCUUGCCUUGUUGGCCUUCAAGUCAAAAAUCAUUCAUGACCCUCAAGGUGUGAUGAGCUCAUGGAAUCGUUCCCUUCUUUUCUGCGAUUGGGAAGGUGUUGCAUGUGGUUCCCGCCAUCGUAGAGUCAUCAGCAUACAUCUAAGGUCCAGAGGCUUAGUGGGCUCCUUGUCACCUUAUAUAGGCAACUUGAGCUUCCUCCGGGUGUUAGAGCUCUUCAACAACACCCUUCAAGGUGAAAUCCCUCCUCAAGUUGGUCAUUUGUUCAGGCUGCAAACAUUGCACUUGACCAGAAACAACUUCGGAGGAGAAAUUCCCGCCAACUUAUCCCACUGCUCCAACCUCGUGCAUCUUGUUGUAAGUUACAAUCAUCUAGUUGGGAAUCUUCCUAAAGAACUCGGCUCCUUGUCAAAGCUCAAACGUCUUAUCAUUCAGCGGAAUCACUUAUCGGGAGGGAUCCCUCAAUUCAUUGGAAGGCUCACCUCUAUAGAAAUUGUGUCCACAGCUCAGAAUCUUUUCACGGGCAGUCUUCCUAAUGCUUUGGGUCAAUUGAAAAAUCUAAAAGGGCUUGGUUUUGGCGGCAAUCAACUCUCUGGUACAAUCCAUCCUUCCAUUUACAAUCUUUCUUUUCUAGCUAAUCUCUCUCUGGCUGGUAACCAACUUACUGGCACUCUUUCGCCCAGUUUGGGUCUCAUGCUUCCUAAUCUUCAACUCCUCCAAUUAUGGGGGAACAAAUUUACUGGACCCAUUCCACUCUCAAUAUCCAAUUGUACAGCACUAGUAAGCCUUGAUAUCGGAAGCAAUAAUUUCAGUGGGAAAUUAGGAAUUAAUUUUGGAGGCCUCCAAAAUAUCAGGGAAAUUUAUCCGAGUGAAAAUAAUUUAGGAAGUGGAGAGCCAUAUGAAAUGAACUUCAUUGAUUCUAUGGCCAACUGUAGCAAUUUGGGGACUUUAGAUCUGGCUGUUAACCAAUUCAGAGGGCUCUUACCCAAUUCCAUGGGUAAUCUCUCAAACCGACUCUUUUAUCUAACACUUCAUCAAAAUUUCAUAAAUGGAAAACUCCCUUCAGCAAUAGGUAAUCUUGUCAACUUAAAUUAUUUAUCUUUGUCAACUAAUCGUUUCAAAGGCACAAUUCCAUCUACUAUUGGAAAUCUUCAAAAAUUACAACGGGCAUAUCUUCAUGGAAAUACAUUCUAUGGGGAAAUUCCAGAUUCUGUAGGAAACUUGUCAUUGUUGAACGAGCUUUCCUUGGGUGACAAUAGAUUAGUGGGGAACAUACCUUCCAGUCUUGGAAAUUGCAAAACACUGUUAUUGCUUGAUCUUUCCCAAAAUAAUCUCAAUGGCACCAUACCCAAACAACUUUUUAGAAUUUCAGCCUUUUCUAUUUCACUGGAUGUAUCUCGCAACGGUUUGUCCGGAUCCCUCCCUGCAGAGGUUGGCAACCUAAAAAAUUUGAUGGAGUUGGAUAUAUCCGAGAAUGAGUUGUCCGGUGAAAUUCCUACUAGCCUCGAGAGUUGCAUUAGCCUUGAAAACCUUUAUAUGGAAGGAAACUCGUUGAAUUGA